AACGCGGGAAAUUCUCUGACAAGUGACAACACUUAAAAAGACAUUUUACUACUACUAGUUGGAAGACGGAGCAAAAUGAUGCAGUCAAUCGACCUUGAAAUGGACGACCUCUUUGGUGAUGACAUUGGAGAUGAUAUUGUUGCUACUGCACAGCUAAAUGGAGACAUGGAUCAAGGAGAUAUUCGAGUACAACAAGAUGGCGCAGUUAGUGAUGAUGGUGUUAUGCCACCAGACAUGGAUAACAAAGCUGAUGAGAAAAAGGUGAGGCGCACACUGAGACCCCAACCAAAGCUGGAUCCAACACGGUUAUGCGGAGACAGGGGGCUGCCAAUUUUAACUGACCUUUUCAAAAAUGUGCAAUUUAAAGGAAAGGGUCACGAGGUGGACGAUCUAAAUAAACUGAUGCUAAGCCUGGAGCACUGGGGUCAUCGACUAUUCCCGAAGAUGCCGUUCGAUGAGUUUCUACAAAGGCUGGAGACACUCGGAAAAAAGAAAGCAGUGCAGGUUUGCCUGUCGAAGAUCCGCAUGGACAUGCCGAUACUGGACGACGACUUUGUGCUGCGCGGUGAGGAUGAGGAAAGGGAUGGGGAAGCUGCGAGCAGCCCUCCUCCUCCACGCGACGAGAUCGAGAUCAUGGACGAAGAAGAGGAAUUCGACGAGCUAGUCGCAGACAAACGACAGCAGCAUCAUCAUGGUGAGAGCAGUAUAGAAAGCGAGACUGCAGCAUUCUUUGCUUCUCCUGAAAAUCGAGCUGUGUUGACUGACACCAUGGCGCUGAGCAGCGAACAGCUGAGCAGAAUCGAGGCGAACAAAAGAAGAGCAAUGGAGAAAAGGCAGGCGAGGAGCCACGGUGAACGCGCCACCUUCGAUCGCUCGCUGCACGAUCGACCAACGACCGACGCCGCGGAUAAAGACGUUCCCAGCAGCUCCGCCUCUCCCCCGCUCCGGGAAGCGCCACCUGGCGAGACAAACGAGCGGAACGACAAUCGCGCCGCCGUUGCCGACGACGACGACCGAAUGCUGAACGAGGAUGAGAUGCUGCAGAUGAUGUGCGACGCCAUGGAAACGGACGAAGCCGCCGCGGAGACUCCGGCUCCGGAAGCUGCGUCGGCGCGGCUCUCCGAAACGGAAAGUGGUUCAGCGGACGUCGCGCCGCGGCCGACGGUGCUGCCCCCUGACGGAGACACGGACGUUAGCGAGGGUUGCCACGAGGAGGCGCGCGGACCCGCGCCGAUUCCAGACGCGGCCGACGACGCGAAACGCGCGUUAGAUCGCGAGAGCGGCGAUGCCGAGGUCGAGUCGGGUCGCGACCUGGCCAGCGACGAUCGGCCACCAUCGGCUGACGCUCCCCGCGUCGCCUCACCGGACGUCCGCGCGGCAGAAGCGGACGCUGGACGGACGGGUAACGACGGUAGCGGCCGCACGGACGCUGGAGUAGCAGUGGCUGCAGGAGAAGGAGUAGCUGCUCUCAGUGCUGCUGCGAUGGAAGUAAACAACGCAAACUGUGCUGAAAACAAAUGGAAAUCGGCUGCGCAAACGAGCAGCGACUUUAACGACUACAUGGAAGAAGACGAAGAAGAAGAAGAAGAAGGAGCCGUUCUCAGUGCUGCUGCGGUAGAAGUAACAGCAGGUAGUGCUGACCCUGCUGCUUCUGCGAUGACAAUGGAAAGCGAGGGAGGCACGCGGCAAGGAGGUGCCGUGAGAAACGUGGACACUGUCGAGGACGAAGAGGAAACCCUCAACUUGGUGUUGGAGUUUUCGACCGAGGAUUCGGAGGUGACGGACUCUGAGGUUGGUGCCGCGCCGAAAUAACGUGAUCAACGCGUUACGAUCUCUUACAGAGGAUCACGUGCGCCAUUUCUACAUAUCGUGUACCGUCAAACCUGUUUAUAAGGGUCAAGCAAAGGAAAAUGCCAAAAAUGGCCUUUACAGACAGGUGUCUGUUCUAUAGAGGUGGUUUCGCUGUGUAACUGUCGUUCAAGGGAAGUGCGAACAGUGUCCUUUAAAGGCAGGUCUCUGUUAUAUAGAGGCUAGUGCUAACACAGGUGACAUACUUGACAUACUCUAACAUACAUGACUGUAUGUUUAAGAUUUGCAUAUAAUUUGUCGAUUGUUCUUAGCUAUAUUAUACAAUAAUCAAGGUGAGAACCAAUGCAAGAGUAACAUACGCAGUGUUUUAGUAACAGUGUAAACAUUUAUUUUAAUAUGCAACACCAAUCAUUCGAUCGCUCGGUUAUAGCAAACUGUCGUUUAUACACUGGGAACAACAAAACAGUUUGCGUGGCGAUUUAUGUGCAGAAGUUUAGAACUGCAUACAACACAGCGACCCUGUAAACAAACCCAUCUGUGUACCUGCCUGUCAUGUCUCAAUAUUAUGACUAUACCCCAAUAUUAGGAGUCUGUUAAAACCUAGAUGCUUCGAAACAUUCGUGGCAGGGAAAGGGUGAAGCAGUGUUAACACACCAAUGAGAAAUCAUUAUCUCUGUUAAUGGCCCAAAAUCUCACAUUUUUAUGAUUAAGCUCUUUAAUUGUUUCUGUGUGGAAACAACGUUAGCCACAACA